UAAAAAACUAAGCAUAAAAUCUAUUUCUAUGGCCAUGGAUAGCUUACCUCUGAUUCUCCAAGAGGAGAUUCUCUUAAGGUUAGAUCCCAAAUCUUUUGUGAUGAUGCGAUGCACGAAUAAAUCUAUGGAACAUAUAACCAAAGAUCCGAGUUUCAAAUCUCUAUACUGGUCUCGAAAGGGAUCCAGUUUGCUUCACAUCGGGGUACAUGGCUCCAAGUUAGCAUGUUUCCACCCUGUUGGUGAUGUUAGGCCAUUCUGUAGCGAAGGUCCCUCAGAGUGCAUAUGCUUCAUCCUUGGGUACUGUUCCGGCCUUAUCCUAAUCUACAUUGAUGGAUGUUUUUGCGUAGCGAAUCCCCUCACGGAGAAGUACCAAUUCCUUGAUUACCGUUAUAUGCAAUCAAAGAAGAGCAUUGGGUUUGCGGUUGAUCAAAUCGAUAAAGCCACACAGAGGUUCAAAAUUGUCUGCAUAACCGAGCUCGCUGGUCCAAAUCGAGGUGAGACCAUGUAUGGAUUUCAUGUUAGUGCAGGGAAUUCAUGGAAAAUAUCAAAAACCAUGAUUACUUGUCACUCAAGCGAUCUCAGGAGGGAUAUGAAACCAGUUUACUUCCAAGGAGGUCUCUACUGGUUGAGAAGCGACGGAAGCAUUAUAACUUUCAAUCCCGAAACAGAGAAAGCACGUCUGAAUCCGACCAAAUUCGAUCAGCAAGUGGGAGCGAAACUCUUGCUCGGUGCUGGCGAUAACAGUCUGACAUUGAUCUCAGCAACGGAGGAAAUGGUUUACCUUUAUGCCCUCGAGAAUAUCUUCACUGAUCCUAAAUGGAUCCUCACGAGACGGAUCAAGAACGAGCCGGUGCACCAAAGAAUGCUAUCGUGCUGGUACGUGGAGGGUUUUGAUGGUAGGCAUGUAUUGGUGAGGGCGAAGGAUAAAAUAGAAGAUGUAAUUUAUGGCUAUGACUUGAGAGCGAACACAUGGGAAGUCGUGGGUGUGGUUCCAGGGUGGUCCGAUGCAGGUCUUGAUCUUUAUCAGUUCAAGCCGUCGUGGUCUUCUGUAAUCGGACUACAGGAUCAGAAUAAUGGUGGGUCCAUGCUCAGUUUCUUCACUAAGUUUAGAUCCCAACGUCGAGUCUCUGUAGAGUGCAUUAUGGAGCUGAUUCAUGUUCAUUUCAGAAUCUAAAUCCGUUGAUUUAGAUAAGUGAAGAGGGAGGGCGCUGUUUGUUUUCUGUUUUAUGUUUCUAUUUCUGCAAUUUGCUUCCAGUACUUUUGAAUUCUGCUAAACUAUGUAA